AACAUUCAGUUUGUUUUGUAAUCGCAUUUCAUAAAUAAAAAAGUCAUGCUUUUCCUGCGCCAGUCGCAGCGCUUGGCAAAUAUAGUCGCGCUACGCCGCUGGGCACCUACUUGGUCGGGUCAGCAGUCGGAAAGCGAGGAUGUUAGUGCUACUGUAAAACGAAUACGGCAAGAGCUGGCAGAGGAUAAGCAACAACUACAAUGGCGCACGCCUGUUGGCGACAGACCGGAGGAUUGGAAUAGCAAACUGAAGGCGUUCUCAAACACGGAACAGACGUCGGACUUUAUUCUUAUGAUGCAGCGGCCUAUAGAUUUGAGUCCUAAGAAUAUGAAGCAAUGGUGGAACAAACGGCAAACGAAAAUUGAGCGUCACAUGCAACAGUUUAUACCGGAACGUCACAAGAUCUUAGGCGCCGAAUUGGCUGCAGCUCAUUUCAUUCUGUAUCGUGGUGGUGCUGCCAAGUUUGUUAAUGAUCCUCGUUGGCAUCGUGCUAAUGAAAAAGGAGAGUUUGCUCUACCCAACAAGUUUGAUCCGAGCUACAAAGUAGAAGCACUGCGAUGCGACAAUAUGCAGCUUUACUAUGAGGGCCUGGAAAACAUACGCUGCCUAGAACAGUUGAAGUUCUUGUCGUUCCACAACGUGCAAACCUUCAACGAUUGGUGUUUAGAUCGUGUAGCCGGCGGACAAUAUCCACGUCUAGAGGUCUUGGACAUAUCCGGUACGGAAAUCACGCACAGAGGCCUGUCAUCUCUCUAUCGCCUAGCGCAACUUAAAUUAUUAAUUGUAAACAAUCCCAAGGAGUCACUCGAAAUGGAAUUAACCUGUGCAAUGCUGGAGUCAGUUAUCCCACAGCUAAAAGUUGUCGCUGCCGACGCCAUACAUUAUACAACGUGAAUUUGUUAAAAUAUAUAAACAGAUUAAACAAUAUACAUAUUUA